AUGGAGACUGCCAUCUCUGCAGUGAUUGGCGAGGUCGUGAGCCAGUUCAUCUCCUUCCUUAUGAGCAAAUACUCCAACAACGCAGCCUCAGAGGAGCAAAAGAUGGGGAGACUGCAGCAUCUGCUCCUGAGGGUUCGGACAGUCGUCGAGGAGGCAGACGGGCGGCACAUCACCAACUCAGGGAUGGUGGAACAGCUUCAGGUGCUCGCAGACGCCAUGUACCGAGGCUACCGCCUGCUCGACAGCUUCAGCUGUGGAGGAAGGCCUAAUAAUCCUUUGAUGAUGGAGGAGGUUAAGGUUAGCAACACAUCUGCCUCCUUGUCUUUGCAAAGCCCUCGUCCCAAACGUUGCCGUACGAUUACCCUUGGAAGGAAGGGCAAGGCCGUUAUUGACCUUGAUCAGUCGUCGUUGGAUGAAACACUGGACAGGUUAGAAACUGCUGCUGCUCACAUGGCAGAAUUUGUUGUGCUUUUGGGUGGCUGUGAACGCUUGUCGCGUCGACCAUACGACGCACAUCUCUACAUCGACAAUUUCAUGUUUGGGCGUCAUGCUGAAAAGCAAAGGCUCCUCAACUUCUUGUUGGAUCAGAACAAUUCAGCCACUGGUUCACCGCCGCCGGUUCUUUCGGUGAUCGGCGGUCCUUCGGUAGGAAAAAGAACUCUGGUCGCUCAUGUAUGCAGUGACAAGAGAGUUACUUCGCACUUCUCUUUGAUUUUACACUUGAAUGAAGGUGAUCUUUUUAGAGUACAAGAAGAACAUGAAAGCAGGCGAGCGGCGGAGGGCAAGGUCUUGAUAGUUGUGGAGUUUGAUUCAGUAGUGGACGAGGAGGACUGGGUAAAAUUUUAUUCGUCUGUGACAAAUCUGAAGAAAGGGAGCAAGGUGGUGAUCAUCAGCAACCUUAGAAAAUUUGACACAUUUGCAACUGUUAAGCCAAUUUUUCUCAGUACCCUGCCAUAUGCGGAGUUCAGGUACCUCUUCAAGAUACUCGCAUUCGGAAGCACAAACCCCAUGGAACAUCCUCAGCUGUUAAAGAUUGUCGACGAAUUAUCCAAGGAGUUGCAACUGGGGUGGUCACUUGUCACAGCAAAUGCACUUGGAGAAGCCUUGAGAACGAAUCUCGAUAGGCAACCGACCUUUGCGAGUUUCCUUGAUUCACCUUUCCCAGACCGCCUGCCUGACCGAAACCAAACCCACCCUUUCCGCACCCAGCCGGCCAGCCAGCCCACGGAGGUCCUCAGCCCACCACCAGCUGGCGACGACCACUCCGCUAGCAGGGCGCCAUCGCGCCAUCAGGACUGCCUAGCGGCCAGGCCACCGAGGUGGUUGGGAGAGCACCCAGCGCAGCGGACUAGAUGGAGCCGCGCGCAGGACCUGGUCGCGCGCGAGCACCGUGCCGGCCGGUCUGUGCUGCUAAGCCACGCCAUGGCUGUUAUGCUCUCUCUCCCUGUCUGUGUAAGAUGA